CCAUUUGGUUCUUAAACGGUAACCGGUUUCCGUAAUGAAUACCCGUCCCCACUAAAACACUGUGCGGUGUUGUUGAUCUCAAACCAGCUGGUUGUGUUGCUUUUUCGGAAUGACAAUGUAGGAUAUGUUUUAAAUAAACGUUUUAAAGGCACUAUACCCUUGGUUCAAAUAUGCUCAUUUGAUAUUUUAAAGUUUACUGCAUCAGGCUGGAUACAACACUACUCAUGGCAGAUGUUAAUGAAUUCCGGGAAGACGUCAUUCCGAUUAAACCCAAUCCAGUACUCGAAAAAUGUAUUGUAUUCAAAGUUUACAAGAGGAGAUGGUUCAUUCUGUUCGUGUUGUGCUUGCUAAAUUGCUCAAACUCCAUAUUAUGGCUGACCUUUGCUCCAGUGGCAGACCAUUCAGCCCAGUUCAUGGGUGUCACCCUGGACCAGAUCAACUGGCUGUCCAUGAUCUACAUGGUGGUGGCCAUUCCUCUCAGCUUUGGGACCACAUGGAUGCUGGACACCUUAGGACUCCGAAUCACACUGGUGCUGGGUUCCUGGCUCAACAUGUUGGGAGCUGUGCUGCGUUUCGUGGGCAUCAUGAGGAACCUACCAAGUGCAGCCAAUUUCCCCGUGGUGAUGGGGGGCCAAACCCUGUGUGCCCUGGCCCAGCCCCUGGUUAUCUUCACUCCCACCAAGCUGGCAGCCCUCUGGUUCCCAGAGCACCAGCGAGCCACCGCCAAUAUGAUAGCCUCCAUGUCCAAUCCCCUUGGGAUUCUCAUUGCUAGCAUCUUUUCCCCUAUGAUUGUGGGGACUACCAACAACAUCCCUUUAUUGCUGUUCAUAUAUGCUGUACCAGCAGCCAUUACCUGUCUCCUAGCAACAGUGGGGAUCCGUGAUAGUGCCCCCCCAACGCCCCCCUCAGCCAGUGCCGAAAGCUCCAACUCAGAGCCCUUCCUGGAGGGAAUCAAGCUGCUCCUGAGGAACAAGGCCUACAUGAUUCUCCUGCUGUGUUUCGGCUCGGGGAUCGCUGUGUUCACCUGCUUCUCUACACUGUUGGAGCAGAUCAUGUGUGUCCGAGGGUACACUAAUGACUUUGCAGGACUGUGCGGAGGUCUCUUCAUCGUGUUCGGUAUAGUCGGAGCUGGCUUCCUGGGUCUCUACGUUGACAAGACCAAGAAGUUCACUGAGGUCACCAAGGUCAACAUGAGCCUCUCAGCGCUGGCCUGCAUUGCCUUCUCAGUGGUAUCUCAGAUGCGGAAUCAGGGAAUAGCCGUGGCCGUUGCUUGUUCGCUCUUCGGCUUUUUCGGCUUCUCCAUUUACCCGGUUGCCAUGGAGUUGUCUGUGGAGUGCUCCUACCCGGUUGGGGAGGCCACCUCAGCAGGCCUGAUAUUUAUAUCAGGACAGAUCCAGUCAGUUAUCUAUAUACUGCUUCUUCAGGGGUUGACCAAACCAAUGGCCUACUCGCCCUUCUCUACCUGUUCUGUAGGAGGGGAUGCGGCCUUGAGUUGGAGGGUGCCCGUGCUGGUGAUGGCAGGCCUGUUCAGUGUCUUUACCUGCUGCUUUGUUAUCUUCUUCCACACGAAGUACAGGAGACUGGAUGCUGAGGCACAGGCUGGUGGAAAAAAGCCAACUCUGGCAACCUGUGACAGCACGUCAAACUCUGACCAAAAGUAGGAACAGGUCAGGGGUUAACUGAACUGCUUUGAGAUCACUAGCAUCAUUUCAGAAGCACAACAAUUCUCACGAGGCCAAGUGUAUUGACUUACCAUUACAUUCCUUAAUAAAGAUUAUUUAGGUUUUCGGAAUGUAA